GCUCCUCAUGGGGUAGGGUCUCCGUAACAAAGAAAGUGAAGGGUACCAAAGAAGGUCCCUAUAUAUUCUUUGUCCGUACCCAGGCACUUUGGUGUCAAUAACCAAUAUAAUGAAAAUAACUCAAUCAAGAAAUCAAAAUUCAUUUUCUCAUUACGGGCAAAAAGACGUGUUAACUGGUGCAUAAUUUUUUUUUUUUUUUUUUUUUUUUUUUACUCCGCUAUUAUGUUUUUUUAAUUGUAAACAAGUUCAACGCAAGGAGCAGCAUAGCUUGUUUUGUGUUGUCUUUUUUUUUUCUUUCCUGCCAUAUCAAAUCCUUCGGUUGUAUUCGUAGUAGAAGGUCAGCAGUAAAUAUUGUUACAUAUACUCAAGUGAUUGCAAGCAUAAUCUCAGACGUGAAAAUUCAAAACAUUUGGUCACUUAAAACUUCUUGAACGGAGAAUUACUGUUGUGCGAAUGUAUGACACUAAAUGUUUUAUGCAUGUACGCAUUGUUGAAAGAUGUAAAUGAAAUCGAGCGUCAAAUAGAGGGAGAAAAAAAAAAUAUACCUUUUGCGGAAAUUCAAAACGGAACUUUUUUAUGUUGAUAAAUUAGCUAAUUAGAAUUGUGAUUUGUGAAAAUAGACUUAUGUAAAAUCAUUCAUUUAGCUUUUACUUGCAAAUGCUAGGAAGUGUAAAGAGUUCUUUACACAUAAAUAUAUAGAAAUUUCACAUUUAGGCAUGCCAGGAAUUAUUUGUAUUUAAACAUAUUUUAUUCACUGAUGAACUGAAAACAUAAUAUAAUAUAAUUCCAAGAUUUCUGCACUAAAAUAUAGCUGGAGAGAAAUAUACAUCAAUAUGAGAAGAAAUUUUGUGUAUAUUGUUUCUAAUACUUCACUUCUCCUUAGCUGUCAGUUCUGAAUAGAUCUUUAAACAUUGCUAAUAUUAAAAUCUUCAUGGUGAAACAGUAAAAGAAGCUAAGGGAUAGUAUGUCUCCAUUCUGGACAAAAUAUUAAACCAUGAACAUAAUAUUUUCAUGUGGAAUGCAGAGUAUAAAGCUAAUGAGAGACUGUAUCAAUCAUACAUAUGUAGCUUGCAAAAAUGUCAUGUUAAAAAAAUUGCCUUUCUACUCUAGUGAAACACUACAGUAGAGAUAUAUAUGCUUAUCUAUAUUCAUCUAAGAUCAAAUAGUAAUUGUUUUGUAUGUUGUAUGUCAAUUUCCUAAAAAGAAUUAGAAACACACCUGUUUAUCCAUAUGGAAAAGCAGAAACAAUUUGGAUGUGAUAUUUGUCGCAAGUCAUUUGGAUGCAUAAGUGAUAUAAGUGAGCAUAUGCAUGUCCAUACUGUUGACAAAUUGCAUGUAUGUGGAGCAUGUAGCAAGUCAUUUACUGAUAAACAUCGUUUAAACAGACAUAUGUUUACCCAUACUGCUAAAAAGCCACAUUCAUGUGAUAUAUGUAUGAAAUCAUUUAAAGAAAAAAAUCAUUUAAACACACAUAUGCUUAUUCACAUUGGUGAGAAACCACAUGCAUGUGAAACAUGUAGCAAGUCAUUUACACGCAUAAGUGACUUGACGAAACAUACACUUGUCCACACUGGUGAAAAGCCACAUGCCUGUGAUGCAUGUGGCAAGUCGUUUGCUCACAAAAGUCAUUUAAACAGACACAUUCUCAUCCACACAGGUGAGAAACCACACGUGUGCUAUGUAUGUAUUAAGUCAUUUUCAGACAAAAGUUCUUUAAAUAUGCAUAUCCUUACCCAUACUGGUGAAAAACCAUAUGUUUGUGAAAUAUGUAGCAAGCCUUUUGCACACAAAAGUCAUUUGCGCAGACAUAUGCUUAUCCAUGCUGGUAAGAAAGUUCAUGCAUGUAAUUUAUGCGACAAAUCAUUUGCUGACAAGUAUCAUUUAAGGAGACACAUACUGAUACAUACCGAGAAACCACACACAUGUGAUAUAUGUAGCAAGUCAUUUACGGAGAAAAAUUGUUUAAACAGACAUAGUGUUGUUCACACUGGUGAGAAACCACAUGCGUGUUAUAUUUGUAACAAGUUAUUUGCACACAAAAGUAAUUUAAACAAACACGUGCGCAUCCACACUGGUGAGAAGCCUUAUGCAUGUGAUUUAUGUGGCAGGUCAUUUGGAGCUAAAAGUUCUUUAAACAUGCAUAUGCUUAUCCAUACUCAUGAGAAACAGCAUACAUGUAGUGUAUGUAGCAAGUCCUUUGCACACAAAAGUAAUUUGAUCAGACACAUGCUGAUCCAUUCUGAUAAACCAUAUUCUUGUGAUAUAUGUAACAAGUCAUUUGCCAACAAAAGUAUUUUAAAUGGACAUAUGCUUAUCCAUGUCGAUAACAAACUGUAAGAGCUUGAUGCAUAUAGCAAGUAAUUCGUAAAUCAGCAAAUUCUAAAAACUCGUCAAGAUAUCAUGUUCAUGUUAUAUAUGCCACAAAUCAUUUACUGAUAAAUGAAGUUUCCUUAAAACAUCCAUACACUUCUCUGUUGUAGAUCCAUCUCCAUCUAUGUCUUAGGCCAUGUGUACAUUAGUUACAAAUAAAAAAUUAAACAUAUUAAUAAUUCACAGCAUAAGUUAAAUAAAUGUUUAUUUAACUAUCAUCUCACUUUAGCUGGUGGCUUAGGCAGUUGUUUAUAUUUAGCAGCAACCCUGUGUACAGUGGUGUGAAGUUAGAUGUAUGUGAUAUAUGUAUUGACUCACAUCGAGAGAAACGAUGAUCCAGACUAAAAAAAUGCAGUAAUGAUAAAAUAAUACAGUUAUUUGACUUAUUUGUUUUAAGUUAUGUGAAACAUGUACAACAUAUCCACUUUGAGCAGAGAACGUGUAUGUCUUAAAUCAUUUGUAAACAAAAACUGUUUUAGAAGAUAUAUGAAUUUACUUUGGUGAGACAGUACAUGCAUUUAAUCAUGGAGGUAGGAAGUAAAAGGAGAGGCUCUAAUCGGUUUUUCUCAUUCACUGCUUUGAAGCAGCAGCGAUCCCUUCGGUGAGACCAAAACAUUCAGUGCCUUACCAUUAAGAUCAAUGGGUUUUGGUGUGAUCAGAUGUAAACAUUUUGUAAUUUCAUCAUAAAUAGAUGUAUAAAUGUAUAUAUUUUCUUUUUCUA